AUGGUGUGCUGCUGCUCGCGACGUUUCCUGUCGUCCCGUGCGGUGCCGCAACACAAACUGCGGGCGCUUCUGUGUAGCUGCGGCCUACAGGACAUUGUCGAGGCGUAUGGCGACAACUUUGCGCGGGAGGUGGCGUCGCGCCCGCAGUACCAGCUGUUCAUCCCACUCUUCACGCCGUAUUUCACAAUAGAGGGCCAUCAUCUCACGAUGCUCGGCGACACCCUCAUCGACGACUUUCUCUCCCAGACUAUGCUACGAUACGCUGUACACGCCGGUCUCGUGCUAACCACGAACGCGACACGGCAGCUCAAUGCAGUUUUGCACAACCACUUUACGCUGCGUUUAUUUGCAAAGGAGCUGCACUUUGACGAGCUUGCGGUCCCGCUUAGUCUCGAGGCCUUUGCCGCGGAUGAUGACGAAGGCAGCGAAACGGGGAACAGGCUCGCUUUCCUGGAGCCGAAGCACGUCGGACUGCGGGAACACGAUGUCGCGGGGACGUCGUUUCAUGUCACGCCACUGCGCUCCGGGCAAAGUCCGCUUGGCUGGAUGUUCUCGCAUUUUAUAGGAGCUUUACAGCAGGCGUUUGGCGCGGCGGUGGUGCCGCGGGUGUUGUCACGCGUCUACGGCGAUGUGGACGUGAACCUUCCCGGCGGCGCUGCGGCGCUGCUUCUGCGUACCUUGCAGCACUUUCCCGCGGGCAACGUCACGGAGGCUGUGGUUGCCGCACAAGGGCUUCCACUACGCUUCGUCACCAAGACGCGUGUGCUGCCCGAUGAGGCAAUGGCGGAAGAGGCGCAUGUGGAUAACACGGUCUCAGCAGGCAUGAGGCGCACGGCGGAGGAGGAGGUUGUGUGCAGCGGGUUUGGGGUGCACGACGCCACACUUGACGCGAUAACACUUGACGGACUUGCCUCUAACUUCAAUGAGCUUGUCUCGCUUGCGUCAGGGCCAGGAGGAAUAGACGCCGUCAACACGUGGCGUCAGCGAGCGCAACGCGAGAUUCAGGAGGGACAGAAGACAUUGCGUGAUGUGAUUCAAGGCGAACGUGACGACGGCACCGAAGACUACGGAUGGCUGCAGCCGAGGGAGCAGGAGCGCUACAGGCGCGGCGCCGCCUUUUACAACGCUGUGAACUUUAGUGCCGUGGCCACGUACUUCGCCGAUGCGUAUGGGCCACCACAGCCUGUCAAUGGGCAGCGCGUCACACGGCUGAAGUUUAUGAACGCCGUUCGCGACCCGCUCUUCUAUGACACGCGUUCUGACAUGCGGAAUGGGGUGCCCUUCUCAACAGACGGUGAACCGCUGGCACAAUAUCUGGACCGCUUCAACAGGCCCCAUCGACGCCUCUUCGAGGUGGCGCUUGUGGUUGGCAGCGGCGAGGGCCGCACUGCCGGUCGUGCCAUUGCGACACGCUACACUGUCGCCCGUGAGUCCGCGUGCCUGGCGUACCUUGGCGCUGUCCUGCACGAUCUUCACACGAUGAAGGAGAGUAAUUCCACAGCAGUCUGA